AGAGGAGGCGUCGAAAGCGAGCAGGGAGGUGUUGGCAGGCGCCUCCUCCUCUUUUUCCUCCUCCUCCUCCUCCUCCUCCUGGCUCAACCUGUCGCCUUGUGCGAGGAGGAGCCUGCCUGAAGCGGCACCAGCAGCAGAUGCUCCUUCCUCCUCUUGCUGACGGCGCCUGGGAGGCAGAGCCCUGCGGGAGGAACUGAGAAAGCAAGGCAGAAAGAAGAGAAAGAAAGAGAGAGAGAGAGAGAGAGAGAGAAGAAAGAAAGACGGGCGCGCCUCGCCUCUUCCCUCCCUUCGGAGAGAGAAAGAGGGGGACUCGCCCCUCCAGCCUCCCAUUGUCUCCCUCCAACAGGUUUGGGGCUGACUUCGAGCCCUUCUCCGCCUUUUGAGGAGCCUGACAAGGAUCCAGGAGGAGAAAGAGGAGGAGGAGGAGGCUGGAGCGGAGGAUGCAGCAGGAUCCCGAGGACUCCUUGGCCGGGCGGAUCUCGAGAGAAUAAGCAGGGCAAGGGAAGGAGCGGGGUCUUCCAGGGGUGCCUUUCCUUUCUCCAACGGACUGGCAUGGACUGAGCCUCGCCUCCGGAGCCAUGGAGGUCUCCUUGAGCGCCCUGUGUCUUCUCGGAUGCCUUGGCUCAGUCUUGGGCUUUGGUGUGGACCCGUCCUUGCAGAUUGAUGUGCUGAGUGAGUUGCCUUUGGGGGAUCCCUUGGCCGGAGCCCUCCAAGUCCAAGGGCUGCAUAAUGGAAGCAAAGCUUUCUUCUUCCAAGGUACUUCAAGAAAUGUAAAAGCAUCUCCAGAGAAAGCAGAACUCUUUUUCCAGAAGCUAAGAAAUAAACAUGAAUUUACAAUUUUGGUGUCACUCAAACAAGCUCGCUUAAACUCAGGUGUUAUUUUUUCCAUCCACCAUUUAGAUCACAGGUACUUGGAACUAGAAAGCAGCGGCCAUAGAAAUGAAAUUAGAUUGCACUAUCGUUCAGGAACUCAUCGCUCACAUACAGAAGUGUUUCCUUACAUUUUGGCAGAUGACAAGUGGCACAGGCUGUCUUUAGCAAUCAGUGCAUCACACUUGAUUUUGCAUGUAGACUGCAAUAAAAUUUAUGAAAGAGUGGUGGAAAAGCCCUAUAUGGAUUUACCUGUUGGCACUGCAUUUUGGUUGGGACAAAGAAAUAGUGCUCACGGCUAUUUUAAGGGCAUAAUGCAAGAUGUUCAAUUACUUGUCAUGCCUCAAGGAUAUAUCUCUCAGUGCCCAGAUCUUAACCGCACAUGCCCAACAUGCAAUGACUUCCAUGGACUUGUGCAGAAAAUUAUGGAGCUGCAGGAUAUUUUAGCCAAAACCUCUGCAAAGCUGUCCCGAGCUGAGCAGAGGAUGACUAGGUUGGAUCAGUGCUAUUGUGAGAGAACCUGCACUAUGAAAGGGGCCACCUACAGAGAAUUUGAGUCCUGGACAGACGGCUGUAAGAACUGCACAUGCAUGAACGGCACGAUCCAAUGUGAAGCACUUGUUUGCCCAAUUUCUGAUUGCCCUCCAAAUUCUGCACCUGCCUAUGUUGAUGGCAAGUGCUGCAAAGAAUGUCAACCAAUAUGUGUGUUUGAAGGGAAGACCUACUUUGAAGGUGAAAGAGAAACCAUACACUCAAACUCAGGGGAUUGUAUUCUGUUUGAAUGCAAGGGCUAUAAAAUGCAGCGUGUGGUGAAAACAGAUUGUCCUGCCUUGAGUUGCCCUGAGUCUCAACAGAUCUCCUUAUCUAACAGUUGCUGCAAAGUGUGUAAAGGGCACAACUUUUGUUCCGAAGGACACAAGUGCUUGGAGAAUUCUUUCUGCAAGAACCUUGAAGAGAAGGCUGUUUGUAGUUGUCGAGAUGGUUUCAGAGCCCUCCGAGAAGACAAUGCAUACUGUGAAGAUGUUGAUGAAUGUGCUGAAGGGAGGCAUUACUGCCGUGAGAACACUAUGUGUGUUAACACACCAGGAUCAUUCAUGUGUAUUUGCAAAACAGGUUACAUCAGGAUUGAUGACUACUCAUGUACAGAGCAUGAUGAAUGCCUCACAAACCAACACAACUGUGAUGAAAAUGCACUAUGUUUCAAUACUGUAGGAGGGCAUAACUGUAUUUGCAAACCAGGAUACACUGGAAAUGGCACUGUAUGCAAAGCCUUCUGCAAAGAUGGUUGUAGAAAUGGUGGGGCCUGCAUUGCUUCCAACGUCUGUGCCUGUCCACAGGGGUUCACUGGUGCUAGCUGUGAAACUGACAUUGAUGAAUGUUCAGAUGGCUUUGUUCAAUGCGACAGCCGGGCCACCUGCAUUAACCUACCUGGAUGGUACCACUGUGAGUGUAGGGACGGCUACCAUGAUAAUGGCAUGUUUUCACCUAGUGGAGAGUCAUGUGAAGACAUUGAUGAAUGUGCAACUGGGAGGCACGGUUGUGCCAACGAUACAAUUUGUUUUAACUUGGAUGGUGGCUAUGACUGCCGGUGUCCUCAUGGGAAGAACUGCACAGGAGACUGUGUUCAUGAAGGCAAAAUCAAGCACAAUGGACAGAUCUGGGUUUUGGAGAAUGAUAGGUGCUCUGUCUGUUCCUGCCAGACUGGAUAUGUAAUGUGUCGACGCAUGGUCUGUGACUGUGAGAAUCCCACUGUUGACUUAUUCUGCUGUCCUGAAUGUGACCCAAGGCUGAGUAGUCAGUGUUUACAUCAAAACGGGGAGAUCUUAUACAACAGUGGAGACACUUGGGUUCAAAACUGUCAACAGUGUCGAUGUUUGGGUGAAGUUGACUGUUGGCCCUUGCCUUGUCCAGAAACAGAGUGUGAGUUCAGUGUGCUCCCUGAGAAUGAGUGCUGCCCUCACUGUGUCACUGACCCUUGUCAAGCAGACACCAUUAGGAAUGAUAUCACCAAGACGUGUCUGGAUGAAACCAAUGUAGUCCGCUUCACUGGAUCAUCCUGGAUUAAGCAUGGCACAGAAUGCACCCUCUGCCAGUGCAAGAAUGGGCAUGUUUGUUGUUCGGUGGAUCCACAGUGCCUUCAGGAACUGUGAAGCUAAUGACAACAUACUGCAGGCAGCUUCUGGUUAGAGGAUUUUUCUUUGCAAAAGACUUGUAGACCAAAAAUUGUACAAAGUCAAAACUGGAGGAAGAUCAGUUUUGUCCAGUUUUAAAGUGCAGAAGUGCUUUGAAUGGAAUGAGCUGUCAGUUUCCUCAGUAUGAGUGAAAUAUGUAAGACUAGGAACAAGUUCAGAUGUAUAAACCUAUGUUUGGGUGUGAGGUGCCUCUUCUGGUUCAUUUUGUGUUUGACAUCAUUCUGUAAGAUAUUGGACUAAUGAGGGGUAGAAUGACAUGUUGUGCAUAAAAAUGUCAAAAUCCUCAAGCAGGGGAAAGACUUUUAGAGUUUUGGAAAUACACCUCAUCCAUGGACACCAAGUUUUUUAAAACUUACCAAUACAUGCAUAUACAUCAAUUUGCCAGAAAUUGGAAUAAAAAGGAAGAUAUCUUUUGGAAACACAGAAUGUUGUUGCGAUAGAUGUACAGCUCUGAAAAUUUGAUUCCAGUUAUUGUUUUAAAACAAUGAAAUUAAACAAUGCACAGGCAUGACUACUUAAUGUUUUCUGAUGGGAGAAAUCAUCUAUAUUUCCUUGUUCAGCUGCACUUAUUUCUUGAUUGAAUUUGUUCAGUAUAAGCUCGUCCUUGUGCAAAAUUUAAAUAAAUAUUUCUCUUACCUUCUGA